GUCCUCGCAACGGUCACUUUUUGAGCUUUUAAGUCUUCUCUCUUUUGCUUGAGAAACUGAAAAUAAACAAACUCAAAAGCUUUGAAGGAAACAGCACCCAGACAAAAGAAAGAGCUAGAGCAAAGAUUAAAAUUGCAAAACCCAACCAUGAAUGAGCAAGAAGAGCAAGAGAGUCUUAUAAUUGCUACAGCGAAAGUGGUGGAGUAUUUGGAGCCAUUGAUGUCAAGAGAGCUGCUUUGCAAGUUCCCAGACAACUCUGCCUUUGAUUUCGACUACACCCAAAGCUCGCUUUGGUCUCCUUUGGUCCCUCGUGCUUACAGCCCUGCAGAUUUGGAUUUUGAUCCGAUUACACCUAGGAAGCUCGCUUUUGAGUUUGGGUUCGGGUUGGAGUUGGCGAAAAGCAAGAAUAGUGGCAAGAAAUCCAAACCCAACGUCAAGAAGAAGAUAGCCACGGCUGCACUUAACAUCAAUCUUUUGAGGAACAAAAACAAGAAAAGGAAGAAAAUGACUUCUGAGUUUUCUCCAACUCCUAUUAAGGGUGGCUGUGCCCACAUUAUUACUAAGGGAUGGAGUCAGAUGCUGAAGGCUGCCUCGAAGCAUUUCAAGAGAAAGAAGAAAGACUCAACGGUCCACCACGUGAAGCUUCCCAACUAUUUGAUGCGGGAUUCAAAUAUUUGAAGAUCAUCAAGAUAUAUUAUUCAUUUUUUAAGUUUAGAUAAAUCAUGCAUAUAUUCCAGCAUGCAUUCCUGUUCGCUUCAUUCUUUUCAAUUCUAAAACAAAGGCAAUAUUUUGAAGACAUGAUUAAUGUCGAGCAUGUAAUUGGUUGUCAUUUGCUUUACUUCAGUAUUUUUGUUAUGCUUUAUACUUUUUCAAUUGGUUAUAGUUCAGAAGAAGCUCUGGACUAUUGAUUAUUUCUGACUUUCUUCAAUCUAAAAGUGGUAUAUAACUUGAAACCAAGUUUAAGUUAAUCCUUUGUUCCUCCUUUCAAGGUUCUUUUUUUUUUUUUAAUUAAUCAAGUCAGAAGACGACAAGAAAAAUUGCCUACAGAUCUUUGCUGCAUCUGCAGUCCACCACAGGAGAUAUGUUCUUCAGAACAAAUAUCCCUACUCUAAAAUCUUUCUUGCACUCAAUACCCUGACAAAUAAGACAAACUUUAUGGUGAAGAAAAUUGCUGUUUUAUCCUUGAAGCAAAAAAUUGAAUUCCUUUUUCAUCCUAAAUAAUUAAAAGCAGAGAUCUAAAAAAACCAGAAAGACUUAACUGGAGCCUCAAUCCUCAAAAGAAAGUGCCGACCACAACUACAUGUACAUAACCAAGAAGAUUUGACAUACCUAAUGACCUGUUGGCAGAAUAAAAGGCGGAUAUACCUCAGCA